AUGGUAGCCUCAGUUUCGGCUACCCCACAACAUGCACAGCAGCAAGCCAAGGAUACAUGGUAUCUGGCAGAGCAAGCACGAGCCGAAGCCAAGCACGCCAAGGAAGACGCAGAGCAAGCACGAGCAGAAGCCAAGCACGCCAAGGAAGACGCAGAACAAGCACGAGCCAAAGCCAAGCACGCCAAGGACGCCGCCGAGCAAGUACGAGCCGAAGCCAAACACGCCAAGGACGCCGCCGAGCAAACACACAACCUUGUUGUAGAGCCCCAUAGCCUUGCCAUUUGCCAGGGGGAAAGUGCAGCAGUUCGAGACCCUGCGGAAGCACAAUCGGCCCGUCUAGUCUUGUGGGCACAACAGGAAGAGAAGAACCGACCAAUUCUGCCGAAGGCGGUUCCGCAAGCGGCACAUCUACAACGUAGUUGCAAAACAGUUGCAAAGCAACGCAGGAAGAAGUAG